ACUUCCGGUUCACUGUGACCUUUCUCCAGUCUGCAGCUCCUCUCCCACAUCCUUCUCUCUUCAGGGGCUCAGACUUCAGGACAACAUGCUUACUGUUCGCGUCGCAGCGGCUCUGGCCCGUAGCCUGCCAAGAAGGGCUGGCUUUGUAUCCAAGAAUGUUGCUGCAGCGUGUGUUGGAGUCAACCAUCUGCACACCACCCGCCCAUGGAUGGUGAAAACCGGCACCGCCGAGGUGUCGUCCAUCUUGGAGGAGAAGAUCCUGGGAACAGAAAACAGCGUCGACCUGGAAGAGACCGGCCGAGUUCUGUCCAUCGGAGACGGUAUCGCCCGAGUCUACGGUCUGAGGAACGUGCAGGCGGAGGAGAUGGUGGAGUUCUCUUCUGGUCUGAAGGGCAUGUCUCUGAAUUUGGAGGCUGACAACGUUGGAGUUGUGGUGUUCGGUAACGACAAGCUGAUCAAAGAGGGCGACAUCGUGAAGAGAACCGGAGCGAUCGUAGACGUUCCCGUGGGCGCGGAGCUGCUGGGGCGCGUUGUCGAUGCUCUGGGAAACGCUAUUGAUGGAAAGGGUCCCCUCGGCUCCACUAUCCGCAGGCGUGUUGGUCUGAAGGCCCCAGGCAUCAUCCCUCGUAUCUCUGUGAGGGAACCCAUGCAGACGGGCAUCAAAGCCGUGGACAGUCUGGUCCCCAUCGGCCGAGGACAGAGAGAGCUGAUCAUCGGAGACAGGCAGACCGGUAAAACCGCCAUCGCCGUGGACACGAUCAUCAACCAGAAGCGUUUCAACGACGGCACGGACGAGAAGAAGAAGCUUUACUGCAUCUACGUGGCCAUCGGGCAGAAGAGGUCCACCGUGGCUCAGCUGGUGAAGAGGCUGACGGACGCCGACGCCAUGAAGUACACCAUCGUGGUGUCUGCCACCGCCUCUGACGCCGCGCCGCUGCAGUACCUCGCCCCGUACUCCGGGUGCUCCAUGGGAGAAUUCUUCAGAGACAGCGGGAAACACGCCCUCAUCAUCUACGACGAUCUGUCCAAGCAGGCUGUUGCUUACCGUCAGAUGUCCCUGCUGCUGCGCCGCCCCCCCGGUCGUGAAGCUUACCCCGGAGACGUCUUCUAUCUUCAUUCCCGUCUUCUUGAGAGAGCCGCCAAGAUGAACGAUAACUUCGGCGGCGGCUCGCUCACAGCGCUGCCCGUCAUCGAGACCCAGGCCGGAGACGUGUCUGCUUACAUUCCCACCAACGUCAUCUCCAUCACUGACGGACAGAUCUUCUUGGAGACCGAGCUGUUCUACAAAGGAAUCCGUCCGGCCAUCAACGUCGGUCUGUCUGUGUCCCGAGUCGGAUCUGCUGCUCAGACCAAAGCCAUGAAGCAGGUGGCCGGCACCAUGAAGCUGGAGCUGGCUCAGUACCGUGAGGUCGCUGCCUUCGCUCAGUUCGGAUCUGACCUGGACGCUACCACCCAGCAGCUGCUGAACAGAGGAGUGCGUCUCACUGAGCUGCUGAAGCAGGGCCAGUACUGUCCUAUGGCUAUUGAAGAGCAGGUAACGGUCAUCUACGCUGGAGUGAGGGGAUACCUGGACAAAAUGGAGCCCAGCAAGAUCACCAGGUUUGAGAAAGCCUUCCUGGAGCACGUCCUGAGCCAGCACCAAGACCUGCUGUCCGCUAUCAAGGUUGAAGGUCAAAUCUCAGACGCGUCCGAUGCUAAACUCAAGCAAGUUGUGUUGAGCUUCCUCUCCAGCUUCGAGUAAAGGCUUCGAGCUCCGGUUGUUUUCAUGUUCACUUAGUCUGUUAUACUUUCUAUGAACUUCAACAAAACAAAAGAAGAUAAGUGACGCUUCAUCUUUAAUGUACAGAUAUCUCUUAAAGCAGAAUAAAGUAUUCCAACUAGUCGACUC